AUGCUCACGGCCUGUUGCGUCACCGUCUUCUUCUGCUUGCUGACCCCCUCGCAAAGCCAGCUGCCAACAGAUGCCGUCAUCCGGGUCAAUAAAGGCGUCUUACAUAACGCGGUCGCCAACUCAAUGGCACAAAGCAAUGCCCUCCAAGGCGCCAUGAGAGACUUGCCCAUUGGCAACGGAGGUGGUGGUGAUGGUGGUCUGCUGGGCGGCAUCCUUGGUGGUGGAGGUGGAGGAGGAGGCCUACUUGGGGGUAUUACCGGGGGUUUGCUAGGGGGAGGAGGCGGAGGGCUUCUCGGCGGGGUCACCGGAGGUCUGCUUGGUGGCGGUGGUGGUGGUGGUGGAGGGCUUCUUGGUGGGGUCACCGGGGGCCUGCUUGGAGGUGGCGGCAAUGAAGCUUACGGUGGUGGCCCAGCCUAUGUGGUCGGUGGUGGGCAGCCUGGCUAUGGUGCUGCUGAGCUCCGUGGCGACGGUGGAGGUCCUGGCGCUGGAGGCCUGCUGGGCCGUGGAGGCCUGCUGGGUGAUGGAGGUCUGCUUGGCACUGCAGGUAUUCUGGGUGGUGGCGGCGGUCUCCUUGGCAACGGAGGCCUGUUGGGCAACGGAGGACUACUCGGCGGAGGUGGCAUUCUCGGCAUCCUCGGGGAAGGAGGUUUGCUCAGCACAGUCCAGGGCCUCACAGGAUUAAGAAUUGUGGAGUUGACACUUCCCAGAAUCAAUCUGAGGCUUUUACCUGGGAUUGGCGUCCACCUGGAUUUGUAUACCAAGGUGGCACUCAAUGGAAAGAGUCUCCUCGGGUUGCUGGAUAUUGCCGUGGAAGUGAACAUCACAGCAAUCGUCCGGCUGACGAUGGAUGGCACUGGCUACCCCAAGCUGGUGAUCGAUCACUGCGACACCCUUCUUGGGGGCAUCAAAAUCAGACUCCUCAGAGGCCUGCUGCCAAUUGUGGAUAAUCUACUGGCACGAGUUCUUAGUAGACUUCUCCCAGAACUGCUUUGCCCCGUCUUAGAUGUCGUCCUGGGCCUUGUGAAUGAUCAACUGGGACUCGUGAACUCUCUGGUCCCCCUGGGCAUCUUAGGGAGUGUCCAAUACACUGUCUCCAGUCUCCCACUUGUCACUGGGCAUUUCUUGGAAAUUGACUUAAACACUGUGGUGGGGCAGGUGGCUGGUCCCCUUCUUGACUACCCGCUGGGCAAGCCGGAAGCUAUGCCGUUGCCACCAAAGAGGCCAGCUUCUCCAAUGCCCCCCAUGCCUCCCAUGGCUGAUUCAACCAAUUCCCAGCUGGGACUCUCCGUCAGCUUCCUCAGCUCAGUGCUGGCAGUCCUGCAGAAGCAAGGGGCCCUCGACAUCGACAUCUCGGAUGGGAUGUUCCCUGAACUUCCUCCAUUGACCACAUCAACUCUUGGGGCUUUGAUUCCAGCGGUGUUCCAGAUGUUCCCAGAACCACGGGCUCUCAUCCUGAAGGUGUCUGUCCCUGAUGUCCCCACCGUGAAACUGGAGAAAGACAAGGGCCUCAUUCAUCUCACCGCCGUUGCCGAAGUGUUGGCGUCUAAGCCGAACGAUGCUCACCAGUCCCUCUGUGCCCUGAGCGUUGACACAUCUUUGAUGGCCAAGUUCUCUGUCGAAGACAACAAGCUGAAGAUUGCUGUGGAGCUUGACAAAACCCACAUCACCGUGACAUCUUCGUCCGUUGGGAAAUUUGAUGUUUCACUCCUGGAGGGACUGGUUGGCAAGAUUUUCGAGAUCGCUUUCCUUCCAGCCAUGAACAGUGUGCUGGGAGGCGGCAUCCCUCUCCCCAAACUGCUGGACAUCGAUUUCAACAAUGCAGACGUCGAUGUCAUUGAAGAUCUGCUUGUGCUGUCUGCAUGA